UUUUAUAACCUACAGGCUAGUCACGCCUGUCCUCUCCUCAGACCGUCACGCCUGUCCUGUCCUCAGACCAUCACGCCUGUUCUCUCCUCAGACCGUCACACCUGUCCUCUCCUCAGACCAUCACGCCUGUCCUCUCCUCAGACCGUCACGCCUGUCCUCUCCUCAGACCAUCACGCCUGUCCUCUCCUCAGACCAUCACGCCUGUUCUCUCCUCAGACCAUCACGCCUGUCCUCUCCUCAGACCGUCACACCUGUCCUCUCCUCAGACCAUCACGCCUGUCCUCUCCUCAGACCGUCACACCUGUCCUCUCCUCAGACCGUCACACCUGUCCUCUCCUCAGACCAUCACGCCUGUUCACUCCUCAGACCAUCACGCCUGUUCUCUCCUCAGACCAUCACACCUGUCCUCUCCUCAGACCAUCACACCUGUCCUCUCCUCAGACCAUCACGCCUGUUCUCUCCUCAGACCAUCACGCCUGUCUUUGGGACACCAGAAGGGUAGAUGAUUAUAGCCUACUACUCUGCUAUUGAAGCUGAUUCGGAGAGUUACAGAACCAAUAAGGGUUUGGACGUCUUCAUCUUCUUCUUCAUCGGUGUGGCUGGAAUAUUGUGACAAUGCCCUCCACCAAGAAGGCUCUGCAUUUUCUGAGUAGUGCGCUGGCUACCACGGUAUCCGUGGCGAUUUUAGGUUAUGGGAUGUCGACAGAAUGGGCCGUUUCCAAAAUGCUUUGCUCUGGAUCUGAAAACGUUUUCACCAACGGCUCCGCCAACAUAUCAUACGAGCUUUUCUAUGGGGCGAUCGCCAGAGGUUCUUGUCCGGUGUUCGGAGGUGAAAAGACCAUUCAAGUGUUUGAGAAGUUGGCAGAGACAGGUGGAGCUCCUCAGAUCCUCCAUGGCAUAGUGAUCACCCUCCUGGCCCUGUGUCUGCUCUGCUCUGCUGGCAGCAUCCUCAUCACGCUGUACAACAGCGUCAGUAACCCCUACCAGACGUACAUGGGACCCAUAGGGCUCUACACAUGCAGCUCUGGCAGUGCGUGCAUCUCCUUCCUGGUGCUCAUCCUGUACGUAGUGAACGUCCAGCUGACCGAAAUGUCUGAAGACCUGGUUAAGAACGACGUGGGAAUCGUUUCAGUCUACCUGAAGGACAAGACCUCAGAGUUCCAGGUGGGAUACUUCCUGCUGAUCCCCUACAUGGUGCUGAGUCUGCUAGCCAUCCUCCUGGUGUAUCUGUUUGAGCACGCUGCCUACACACACAGACAGGAGCAGCAGAGGCCCACGGAGGACGCCCCUAAAGAGAUCAUGAUGUAUUAAUAUACACACACAUCAGGAUACAGAUUCAUAAGAUCCUGACUACAACAUCUCCCCAACAGACUGACACUGACACUGUGUUGAGUAGUGAAACUCAGUGUCCUUGAAAUGGGCGUGUAGGAUCCAGGACUGAUCCGAGCUCUUAUAACACAUCUCACAGGCUAAUAUAUAAUUAACUCAGAUCACCUUGUUUCAUCGUUACUACAUUUUCCUCUUGCUCUCUGUUUAUAUAUUUAUGAAUAGCUGACAUUUACAAUCCACUUGAAUUCAAAAUGACAAAAAAAAUGACACUGCCUGCUUAGUACAGUACCCUAAGGUUAAUGCUGUGUUUAGCUAAAAACAGAAGUAUACAGCAAGUUGAUUACAGUACUACAUAGUUUGUUUUGUUAAAUACCAGAAGACAAUACAUUGGUUUCUUCCAUAAAUACAUCAUAAUAUAUAUUCUCUAAAAUGUCAAUUCUAAUAAUAAACCGUGUGGAUAUUGAGGAUUUUCUCGCUUAAAAGGGGUAAUCUGCAAUUCUAACAAAUAACAAACCUACCACCCCCACCAUUGAUUUUGUAAACAGCUGAAAGAUGGGGCUACAGGAAUGUCUCCCUCUCAAAUUCAUGCAAUAGAGCUUUGAUUACAAUGACUCACAAUGACUCACCAUCCAUCCAUAGCCAGCAGCAUACCACCCUGCAUCCCA